AUGGGCAGACGACAGCAGUGCUGGUGUACAAAGGCGAAUCUCGAAGGCUCGAAGCAGAGUGGGCAGACCGCAUACGGCAGUGCACUCGAAGUAACUGCUGGUGGGACUCGGGAGGAGAGUCAUCACGCUACGACCUUUGCCACCUCCACGCAACGCCCGCUGCAGCCAUCAGAAGAAUCACAGUCACUACAGAGCUCGUCGCUACGAGAAGGUGCCACCGGAAGACAUUACUGCAAUGCUGCUACCCGCGACGCUCUUUCUCUCUAUCCUCUCCCUGUGAGCCGACGUUGCUGCAUUCCGUCGACGGAGCUCUUCGCUACUAGAAGGCUCCACCGAGCAUUGGGAUGCCGCUACCCAUGGCGCUACAAAAAGGGGUUGGUUCAUGUUCUGUGUGCAGGAUCUGCAAGGGCUUCUCAUGAAGAAUCAACUGAGGAAAUACUGGAAUUCGACCUUGAAUAUGCUAAAUCGAAAGGACUUUGCAAGGUGGAGGAUGUUGUCAUAGCCUUGCACCAAAUUGGAAUUGCAUCCAUCAUCAAGAUUGUGACCUUGAAGUGA